AUGGCGGGGUCGUUCGACGACCCGGAUUUAGCGGUGGAGGACUACAUUCCCAAGGACAAGGAUGGUGCGUUCAAUCUUGGCCACAUGCAGCUGAGGCGCGAGCGGUGGUCCAAGCUGCUAUUGGGGCCGGCAGCUUACAUGCAGCUGAUGCGCGAGCGAUGGUCCAAGCUGCUGCUGGGAGACGACCCAUCUGGGGGGGCCAAGGGGUGCGGCCCUGCUCUUGCCAUGGCCAAUGCGAUAACCAGCGUCUCAGCAUCCAUCUUUGGGGACGGGCUGAGGUUGCGGCCGCUGCCAGAGGAGGACGAGCGCAAGUGGCGGAGGGAGAUGGGCAUCAUGGUGUCGGUGUGCCGUCACAUCGUGGAGCUGGCACCCGCUUGGACCACUCGCCCUGAUGGCAGCAGAUUCGAGGUGAUGCGUCGGAGUGUCCGAGCUGACCUUCGGAUUCAGCUGCCGGCGCUCAGCCAGCUCGAUACCAUGCUGCUGACCAUCCUGCAGCACAGCCAAUCAGACGAGUACUACUACGAGGACGAGCUGCCAGGUGGCGACCUAACACAGGAGGACGGCGAGGAGGAGGACGAGGAAGGAGAGGAGGAGGAAGAGGUUGAGGAGACAUUGCGUGGCGACGACGACGACGAUGACGACAGGGAGAGCUUUGGAGCCGGCAGCACGGGCGGCAGCAGCAGCGGCAUGGGCGGCGGCAUGGGCGGCAUGGGAGGGUCGGCAGGGGAUCUGUACGGCGCACCGGAUCGACUAAUCAGGCGCAGCGCCACGGCCCCCUCGGAACGGCCUGCGACUCAUGCCGGGCCGUAUGGGACUGGAGGGAUGAGCGGGCGGUUGGGAGGAGUGGGUGGGGAUGGUGGGGAGAGGGGGGGUGGGGGGCGACGGGGAGCGAGCCACGGGUCUGCACAUAGUUCGGCGCAUGGUUCGGCGCAUGGUUCGGGGCAAGGUUCGUCGGUUCACGGGUCGUCCACACGAGGGUCUUCAGCGGAUGAGGAGGAGGAUUUUGCUGAUGAUGAGGGGCAGUACAGCCAGGGAGGGGAGUUUGACCACAGAGGCACGUUGCACACAGGGAACACAAGAGACACAGGAGACGCGGGAGAGAGGGGCUCAGGACACGGAGUGGACAGGGGCUCAGGGCACUACAGACGGCUCUCCUCCCCUGGGUUCGAGGCAGAGAGGCGCGGUAGUGAAGAGGACCUGAUACAGCAGCGGGGCGGAGGAGGGGGAGGAGGGGAGGGCGAGGAUGCGUGUAGCAGUGGGAGUAACACGGGGAGCAACGCAGGGAGUAACACGGGCAGCAGGGAGGGGUCGAGUCCGAACCCCGGGUCAUCCUGGGGUUUUCAUCAGCGGUCCAGCAGCACAGCUGCUCCUGCUGCUCCUGCCUCUUCCUCAGGUGUUCCGUCAGGUGCUUCUCCAGGGUCGGGGGGCAAGCGGCGGGUGUCGUCGCGCUCCUCGAGCUUCAGCUACGACUUUUCGGCGCUUCUAGGGGGUGGAAGGAGCCGCGGCGGCGGCGGAUCUGUUGCUGCUGCUGGCGCAGCAGGAGGAGCGUCAGGGGGAGGGACAGGGGCAGGAGGGGGGAUCCCUCCCGGUGGCAGCGGUAUCAUGCGGGGACUCAAACGAAGCGUGACUGAUGUGAGGGACAAAAGGUUCAUCCCAGAAGGCAUGGGCGGCGGAGCCAUGGGAGGAAUGGGAGGAGGAAUCGGGGGAAUGGGAGGAGCAGGAGUGGGAGGAGGAGAGGGGGCGGGAGGGGGCCGGCAGGUGUGGCGGUGGAAGAUGAAGCCGCGGGUGCGGGGGCCACUGGGGGAGGCGCUGGUGCGGUGGCUGGAGCAGCAGAUGGAGAAGACGAGUCAGAUCAUGAAGCUCGCGAUGACCAUCAACCAGCAGGUCCUUCAGGACAUGCAAGUCCCCGACGCCUUCGUGCAACGCCUCCCCAAGGUCCUUCAGGACAUGCAAGUCCCCGACGCCUUCGUGCAGCGCCUCCCCAAGGUAAGACCUCCCUCCCCAAGGUACUGCCUGCCUGAGGGCCUCCCUGCCCAUGCAUGGCAGUACGCGAUGGUGGUGGGUUGCCUUCACGUCAACCCCUCCACACAUGUCAAACUGCUCUUCUCUCUGAUCCACACCCUUCCUUCCACCCCUGCACGCACGCCCACCCAUCCACCCCCCCAACCCUCCACCCCCCAACCCCCCGCCUCUCCACCCCUCAACCCUCACCCCUCCCCUCUCUUGUCAGAACGUGAGGGCGGUGGUGGGGACAUGGUGUAUGCAAACGUGAGGGCGGUGGUGGGAGACAGGGUGUAUGCGGCGCUGCAUGCUAAUCCCUUCGCGGACGACAAGCUGCUGUCAACGGUGGACCUGUCCAAUCAGAAGGCGGCUCUCAAGCUCGCCUGCAAGCUCGAGGCGGCCGAGCAGAUCUGGAUGCGCCAGCUUGCGCUCGCAAGGGAACCCCAGCUGAGCCACACGCUGGGCGGCAGUUAUUUGUCCACUAGCAGCCGGGACGUGGUGCGAUUGGAGGAGAGCCUGCAGCGGGUCUCCUCAUGCCUCGCUGCCAUCCGCCGCCGAUGGCCCGAUCUGCCGCAGACCACUCUUGAUCUGGCCAAGAUCGCAUUCAAUGGGGAUAUCGGCAAGGCUGUUCUAGAGAGCUACUCACGGGUGCUGGAAGGCGCAGCGUCCAACAUCCGGUCGCGCAUCAGAGACGUGCUGCACGCCAACUACCUCUUCCUCAACCCGCAGCAGUUCGUCGACCUGCCCUGCGAUCCGCACCCACAGGGCCUGCGUCACCCCACCUUCAGCGUGCUCAUGCCCGAAACCGUCUUUGACGCCGUCUCCAUGUCCAGUGACAAUAGCGAGUCUACUAACGGCAGCGUCCGCUCGUUUGACUCUAGUCGCAGCGGCGGGAGCGCUCGAUCAGGGAAAGGCGCGCGGGGCGGAGGGGGUGGGGGGCCGGUAGGAGGAGGGGAUGGAGGAGGAGGGCUGGGUGCGGCGGUGGGAGUGGGAAUGGCGCCGGCGGGCCUGGGAUAUCCUGGUUCCGGGGUGCUGGGGAAGGCGUCGGCCAAGUGGGAUAUGCGGCCCCCUCGCAGCCCUGAGCUGCGUAGCCCCUUGAUUUCAGGUGCCAUGGGCCGGCUUUCGGUUGGUGGCGGUGCGGUGUCUGGUGGUGGGGGUGGCGGUGGUGGCAGCAGUGGAAGCGGGAGAUACAUGCGGAGUCCUCUUCAUGGGCGGAACACUUCUGGUGCAGGCUCAGGUGUUGGUGGUGCUGGUGCUACCAGUGGCGCCGGUGGUGGUGCUGUAAUGGGUGGGGGAGUGGGUGGUGGUGGAGGUGGGAUGGUGUAUCCCUCUUCUGGGUCGGGGGGAGGUGGAUCUGGGGGAAGCUCACCCUCCGCCAGUCCCAGCCGAGCCAUGCUAGGGGACAGGUUUCUCAGGCGCACUGGAUCGCUGCAGCCUAGGGGAAAGCGGGGAAACCGGGCGUUGGGGAGGAGUCAGAGCGGAGGGAUGGCUGAUGAGGUUAUGUGUGGGAUGGGAAUGGGUGGUGGUGGUAAUGGUGGUAAUGGCGGCGGUGGUGGUGUUGCUGCUGGUGGUGGUGGUGGGGUGGGAGGAGGGCGUGGAGUGGGAGCUUCCCUGCUUCUCGCCGCAUCUGCCGGCGCGUUGCUCGCGGAUUGGUCCGCUAUCCCCGUGGCGCAAGCGCUGCCGUUUUUGCUCCCGCCUGCCGGCUUCCGUCUGUACGUGGAUCGGCUCGACGGCUACUCGUUCUUCUACCCCGACUCGUGGGUAGAGGUGCGGGGAUCCGGGCAGGACUGUUUCUUCCGCAGCUCGUUCAACCUCGACGAGAACGUGAGCGUCGAGGUGUCGUCGCCCUCGUCGUCCCGAUUCGCGUCCGUGCGGGACCUGGGAGCCCCCCAGGCGGCAGGGGAGCGAGUAGAGAAGCAGCUUCUAACGGAGUUCAUGUCCACACGCCUGGGCGUGCGGCGCGAGGCCUCCCUCAUCUCCUCCGCCAAUCGCAUCGUGCCAGCUGGCACGGGAAGGAGAGGCGCCGGGGAGCAGGAGGAGGACGCGGAGUACUAUGACGUGGAGUUGAACGUGAAGUCGUAUGCCAAUAACAACCAGCUGGCCAUCAUGCCGGACGAGCGAGUGCAGGUGCUCGAGUGGAACCGCCGCUACCUCACAGUGCUCGCAGUGGCCAACAGACGCCUGUACCAGCUGCGCCUGCAGGUGCCUGAGAGGCUGCUGGAUUCCGAGAGGCCCGUGUUGCGGCAAGUCAUGGACUCGUUCCGCGUGUUCAGCGUUGCCGAAUAG